CGGUUAUUUUGCCUAGUAACCCACAUGGAAACAGGCUUUCCUGUGUUUUGAGUUUCGGCGCCGACUGCGGCGGUGAGAAAUAAUUAACGUCAGAGGUGUUGUUUUAUUCGUCUUUAGCGUAUCUUGGAAUCUUUACAUAACAUAUUAGCAUAAUUACCACAGCUAUGAAGAUCGAAGAGGUAAAAAGCACCACAAAAACUCAGAGGAUCGCCUCACACAGUCAUGUCAAAGGACUUGGGUUAGACGAGGCCGGAAUUGCUAAACAGACAGCAUGUGGACUAGUUGGCCAAGAGGCUGCUAGAGAGGCUUGUGGCAUCAUUGUUGAAUUGAUCCGCUCGAAAAAGAUGGCAGGGAGGGCAGUUUUACUGGCAGGACCCCCUGGAACAGGAAAGACUGCCCUCGCCCUGGCUGUUGCACAGGAGCUGGGAAACAAGGUGCCUUUCUGCCCUAUGGUUGGCAGUGAAGUUUACUCUUCUGAGAUUAAAAAAACAGAAGUUCUUAUGGAGAAUUUCAGGAGGGCAAUUGGACUGCGCAUCAAAGAAACUAAAGAAGUGUAUGAAGGGGAGGUGACAGAGCUGACCCCCUGUGAGACAGAGAAUCCCAUGGGCGGCUACGGAAAAACCAUAAGCCACGUCAUCAUCGGUCUGAAGACGGCCAAAGGAACGAAACAGCUCAAGUUGGAUCCCAGCAUCUACGAGAGUCUUCAGAAAGAGCGUGUGGAAGUGGGCGACGUCAUCUACAUAGAAGCUAACAGUGGGGCUGUGAAGAGACAAGGUCGUUGUGACACCUUUGCAACAGAGUUUGACCUGGAAGCUGAAGAAUAUGUGCCACUGCCCAAAGGUGAUGUUCACAAAAAGAAGGAGAUAGUCCAGGAUGUAACGCUGCACGACCUGGACGUGGCAAACGCACGGCCACAGGGGGGUCAGGACAUUCUCUCCAUGAUGGGUCAGCUGAUGAAGCCCAAAAAGACGGAAAUCACAGAUAAGCUUCGUGCUGAGAUCAACAAAGUGGUGAACCGCUACAUCGACCAGGGCGUGGCCGAGCUCGUGCCCGGGGUGCUGUUUGUGGACGAGGUGCACAUGCUGGACAUCGAGUGCUUCACCUACCUCCACCGCGCUCUGGAGAGCAGCAUCGCCCCCAUCGUCGUGUUCGCCUCCAACAGAGGAAACUGUCUGAUCAGGGGGACAGAGGACAUUAGCUCCCCGCAUGGGAUCCCUCUGGACCUGCUGGAUAGAGUUAUGAUAAUCCGCACCAUGUUGUACACGCCUCAGGAGAUGAAGCAGAUCAUCAAGAUCCGUGCUCAGACAGAGGGCAUCAGUAUCAGCGAGGAGGCUCUCGCACACCUGGCAGAGAUUGGCACCAAGACCACCCUCAGGUAUUCCGUGCAGCUGCUGACACCAGCCAAUCUGCUGGGCCGCGUUCAAGGAAAAGAGACCGUAGAAAGGGAGCAGGUCGAGGAAAUAAACGAGUUAUUCUACGACGCAAAGUCUUCGGCCAAAAUCCUCCAAGACCAGCAUCACAAGUUUAUGAAAUAAAACUGGAUUUCUGACAUUUCUGGAAAAGGCCGUAAGGCUGCUGUCGCUGCAGAGGUGUUCCAUUUUUUGAUGCUUUGUAUUUUUCUGUCUCUGCUCUCCAUUGUGGCUCAUUGUCCCACUAUGUUUAUUAUAGCAGACUUGUUCUAAUAGAUUUAAAGUUUUAUUCAUCCUUUAAGUUGUCAACUGUUUUUCUGAAUAAAAAGAGAUACACUUAAUUUUCGUCAACAUUUUUAUUGUUACUUUUACACACAAUCGUAUACAGAAAAGUUAUGUUUUUUUAUGAUCAUUACAAUAGAGAUCACCCAGAAUUAAGAUUUCAAGCCAAUACAGUUGUGGCCUUUUCCAAACUUUUCACUUUGUUCCUGCAUUAAAAAUGUUCCUUUCAAAACACGAGUGCUAUUUCGAUGAAACAUUAAGUGCUCAUUACAAAUAGAUUUAUCAUUUGAAAGUUAUUCUACUUCAAAGUCAGGAUUCAGUUGGGUGAGUUAAUUUAUUUCUGCAACUUUCACAUCCCAACACUAACCAAAGAUUAUAAAAAAAAGGUUAAAGAACGUUUUCAGUAAGUGAGUGAUUGGUUAAAUAUUACACUAAUCUGUCCAGCUGUACAUGUGAGAGUUGGGUAAGUUUAUCUCUAAU